AUGAAGUUCACUUUCUCUGCUAUCAUCGCUCUGGCCGCGACCGCCACUGCCAUGUCUCUUUCUGAGUCUACCGCCCUCGGUGGUGCCAAGGCCCAGUGUGAGACCGGCAGCAUCGCUUGCUGUGACUCCAAGGAGACCAUCUCCGGCGACGGUAUUCUAGGCAAUCUGCUUGCCAAGGGCGCCUUGAAUGGCCUGCUCGGCAACGACGAUGCCGCCUGUGCCAAGGCCAGCGCUAUCGACGACUUGAACGUCCUUGCUCUCACCCAGGACACCAAGGAGGGUCCCACUUGCAAGAACAUCAUCGCUUGCUGUCCCGAGGGCACUGGCAAGUGUACCGCCAUUGACAACUGA